UCGAGAGGAACAUUUUCUACAGCUCAGAAGGUCCGCCAUUUUGUUCCAAUACUCCACACAGUUUGUAGAUCGACGCGUCUGACGUCAUUUUUCACGUCACCUAGUCAGCUAGUUUCGCUCACGUACUGGGCUACAGAGGAACACUGUUGUUAGUUUUCUGGUGUUUUUGUGCCAAUUUCAUCACCUAGCACUGUCGUAACAUGAAGUCAUGGAGGAGCGAAAGCUAAAGAGAAAGAGUCCCAGAAACUCCACCAGCACAGUGCCUCCGACUGGAGGUUCUGGGCGGAAGAACAGCGGCACGACCGGCGGGCGGCAGGUCGGUUACAACUCCAACAUGGGGACACAGUCCAGCCAAAAAAGCAAAAGUAGGAAGGGAGGCAGGGACAAACCCAGGUACCAGGCUGGUUCGGGAGGUAAAACCAGUCAGAACCAGAACCAGAACCAGGGCCAGGCAGCGCCCGUCAUUCAGCACUCCUUUCUGACUGACGUCUCAGAUGUACAGGAGAUGGAGAAGGGUCUGCUCAGCCUCCUCAAUGACUUCCACUCAGGGAAACUGCAAGCAUUUGCAGCUCUGCCUGUUUUAUCUGGUCCAGGUAAUGAGUGCUCCAUUGGCCAGAUGGAGCAUGUGAGGGAGAUGCAGGAGAAACUGGCCCAACUGCACUUUGACCUCUACGGUGAUGUGAAUGAAAUCGCCUGUGACACCAACAUGGAGAAGUUACUUCUGAACCUUGAGGAGCUGAGUUCUUCUAUGUAUCCUUCUGACAUUUUACCUUUCACAUGUUCUCAGGACAUGGACCUGACGCCGACUCCUCACUCAGUAAAGCGUUGGCAGCUCCGUGGAACUGACUAUGAGCCACCAAGACCUGCAUCUAGAACCGUCUUCAGCUCCUGGACUCCACUGAAUAACAAGCAGAGCAACCUUCAGUUAUUUGAGGAGAGGACCACCCUGGUGCUGCACUGGUUCCAUCUGUGGACUGACAAACAGAGGAAACACCUGCUGCUGUCUCUGCUCCAGUGCUGCACCAAGUCACAACUCAAGUACUGUAGAGACAUUCUGAUAGAAACGGUUCCUGUCACCAAGGUGGACUUCACCUCUGUCCUGCCCCGGUUCCUCUCUCUGUAUGUGAUGUCCUUCCUCUCUCCCCGUGACCUCUGUGCUGCGGCUCAGGUCAGCUGGCACUGGAUGUUCCUGGCUGAGCAGGACUGUAUCUGGGCGAGCAGGUGCAUUCGAAGAGGCUGGUUCCUUCCUUAUGCUCCAAGAGAAAAGGAAUAUGGAGCUUGGAAGAACCACUACGUCUCCUGCAUGUCCACUUUGGACUGGCUGACUCCCAGGGAAGCAGCUCAGCAAUAUGGACACCUUAUCCAGCAAAGUAUGAAACUGACUGAAGAAGAGGAGGAGAGGAAAGACGGGAGGAGGUUCAGGCAGAUGCUCAGGGAUAAGCUUCAUGAAGAAAAGGGACUUAUUUUAAGGACCAGGAGAGCCUGGGGCAGUUACAAUAAGGGUGGAGGAGGGAGCACCAAAACCCUGAGACCAAACUCUGCGAUGAGUCUAAUGAGUUCAUGGCCUUCUCUGUCCCGACUCAGCCUGGAUGAAGGACAAGUCACAUCUUCUGCUCAGAGCAUUCAGGCCUCAGUCUCCAUCAGUGGAGGUGUGAACAAAGCCUGUGGAGCACUGACCUCCUUUGUCUGCAGCCCUCAGAUGUCUCAGACAGUCCAUCACACAUCACCUGUACUGUUACUAAUGAUCUCCAACAGAAUACCUGCUUAUGAAUUGCUGCUGAGUGGCGUUAAGGCAGAAGUCAUGGUGGUCCUGUAUGAUCACAGAGGGACCCUGAAAGAUCUGGUAACCCAGGUGGAGAGGGCGACUUGUGGGCAGAGUUUUCAGAGGAUAGGUGUCUUAACUCCAGGAGGAACAGAGGAAGUUCAUUUGCUACAAAAUAGUACCAUGUCAGAAAAGACAGUGCUGAACACUGAUCAUCGGGAAUUCUGGGAAAAACUGAGUCGCUGGGUGGCUGGCUCUGAGGACAAGGGAUGGAUUGACAUCUUCUCCCCAUUGGCUGCGUCUGCUUCAGGAGUCACUCUAAUCCAAACUCUGUCCACUCUCACUGGACUGGAGGUUUGUGCCCCCAUGGGUCUGGCAACUGGAAGUUUCCAGAACAUUUUAGGUGAGUGGACAGACAGCAGCAUGUUCACCGGUCAGUGUCAGGAUCACUCAGCAUCUCCAGCCCUUCAGUAUGUGUGGAACAGUGUCCUGCAGAGCUGGUGCACCCAGUCCAGGUGGGUGGAGGAGGCUCUGGAGGAACUGAGGGUCUACCUUGGACUACAGCUGAAGAAGAUCAGCUCCCAGGGCAGAGGCCGAGCGCUAGGGAAUUUUUUGUGGGAGAAAAUUCACCUAGAGGAAAUAUUGGUGUCCAAACAGCUAAGUGAGGCUCUCACUGAGGGACUGACUAUUCUCACUGCACAGAAAGAGACCAGACCCCUGGAGUUUCUUGCAUCAUUUCUGACAGGAUGGAGUGAAAGGAAGGACUCUGAAGAUGGAACCACAAGAGCAGCUGAUUUCUCAUUGCCACUGCCAGCCCCACGGGGAAACCAAUCUGAUCUGCCUCUAACAUUGCUGGACUGGAGAGGUUUGAUUACAAAAGAGCUGCACCACAGUGAAGGCCUUUAUCUGGGGAAGCUGAGCGCUGUCGUAAAGGUCUAUCUGGAGCCUUUAGCAGCUGCUCUAAACUCCAACCGUACCAUUCUCAACUAUGCCGACAUCCAGAUCAUCUUUAACCCUGUGACACAGAUACUGGAGCUCAACAGUGUGUUUCAGGAGGAUCUCCAGACCAGGCUGCAGCAGUGGGGGCCACAGCAGUGUGUUGGAGAUGUGUUUGUGAAACUGUGCUCGCGCCUCAGAGUUUACACCAACUACCUCAACAACUACACCACUGCAUUGUGCACCAUUGACAAGUGUCGGGAGACCAAACCAGCAUUCCGUGCAUUCCUCAAGAGAGUAGACAGAACUCUUACAACACACAUGCUGAGCCUGCAGGAGCUGCUGCUGUGUCCAGUGUGGAGAAUCCAGGAGUAUGUGACUCUCCUUCAAGCUCUGUGUCUACACACACUGGACACUCACCCUGACCACACACACCUCUGCUCUGCCUUAAACACUCUUCUAUGCUACAGGGGCUUUAUACACAAGUUAAAGCGUAACACAGAGAAGGACAGGGUGAUGGAGGAAACACAGCAGAUGAUUCAAGGCUGUCCUAACCUUAGUGAACCAAACAGACAGCUUGUCAUCACUCAAGAUGCUGCUUUACUCAGGAGUCCAGAUGAAAAGAUUCCAGACUCACUCAGGACCUUUGAACAUGUGGCUGAUGUGGGCCUCUUCCUCUUCAAUGAUGCUUUGUUGCUGACGCGGCGAAAUGUGCAUCACAUACCCUUCACAGUGACCAAACGGUGCACACACACUUUCCUGGCAUCUGUGGCCCUCACCAGCCUGACAGUCAGAGAGAUCACACACACCCGCUAUGUUUGCCAUGCCUUUGUCCUGGAGGGUCCUUGUCGCUCCUGGGUCUGUGCCAUGGAAAAAGAAGAGAUGCGAGAUCACUUCCUGUCUGUGUUGCGUUCAACCAUCAACUCUGCUCUAAAUGAACAUCACUGACAGCAUCUUGACAAGACUCCAUCAAGACACAAGGAGGUUUGGACACAACUUCCUACUUAUAAAUUACAUUCUCUCACAAAAAUGACUUUGACCAAUGAACAGCGCCACCUGCAUGUGGUAAAUGGCAUCAUUGUUUUAAAAUUAAUUAAAUAUAUUUUCAGUAUUUAAAAGGAAAUGAUGUGUUGUGAUUCAAUCCCAUCCCAUGUUACCUUAGUAAGCAUCUUUUGCUUCUCUCCAGAAUGUUGUGCAUAUAAAAUGGUACAAUUUAUUAUUACUAUAAAAAUGAGUACGCUCACAGUUUUCUAUUUAUUAAGGCUCCAAAGUACUAGAUUCAAAAAGUAAACUCAAAUACCCUAGAAUGAUUCCUAGAACAUUGGCUGAAUUACACCUAUUGCACUUCUCUGUACUACCUUAAAAUUACUGUGUGAUACAUUCCUUUUAAUUCAUCAUUGAAUUUUUCACAUAAAAAUGUGAUUAUUCAUGAGGAACUGCUUGUUUUGUGUGUUACACCAGGAUUAAUCUGGUAAAAAAAAAUGUUAGUCACUGCCUUGCACAAGUGUUUAGGUCUUUACUUGGCAUUUCAUGCAUCUGUCUUUUCUAAAAUAUACAUAGUUAUAUACAACUGUUGUUUAUUAGUCCAAAUCACACCUUUCGAGGUUUCCACAUUAAAGAGAAAUGCCGUUUUUGUGAACUACGAUCCCAGAGAGGGAAGAAAAAGUUUGUAUCACAGAAGCGAUGUCCAGGUUACUCGAUAUUACAAUAAAUUGCUGUAUUCAGCGCUGCGGUUAAUUUAUCGUAACGUUUCUAUUAUACCGUCAGAUAAUAAUAUGCCGGAACUAUAGUUAAGUGCAACUCAAACGGAACGAAAACAAAGUUACACAACACCCGCGUGUUGUUGCUUGUGUUGCUUUGUUUUCGGUCCCUGGAAGUUGCAGAAAAGAGAAGUGACCACAUGGAGGAAAUAGUAGAAGAAGAGUUAUUUCCUCGAACAUCGCAUUACAUCAGUCUUGUGAGAUUAUUUUGGCUAAAGAGGAAAAUGACCAGGGUGUCGUCGUGAGUGACGGCCUGCCAGCAUUUAAAGUAUGCCGUGAAAAACCGGUGAAAGGAGGAAAUACGUCCAACAUGUUUCAUCAGCUGCGGGACAACCAACAGACAAUGUUCGCCAAAAUAAAGUCUGCGAUUGGCCAGAUUUGGAUUGUUGUUGUGAGCCAGUUGAGUUGGGUUCUGGGGCUUCCCUGCCGUCACGUGACUGUGUGGUGGAGGGGGAGUCUUGCUUCGCUGUCCCAAUUUUGCUGUUGUGCCGUUUGUCCCUUUCGGGGAGCAGUAGCUUUUCGGUUUGGGGAUCUUGGUCGGUCCUGGGCGUCGGAAUGAUUCAAGAGGUAUCUGGAGCAAAAAUAAAUAAAUAAAUAAAAGAGAGAGAAAGAGAAAAAAUACGUUUAUGUAAAAUGCUUUGACUCUGAAAUAUGGCUGUGGCUGAGUUGUUCAGUGGCCCAGUUUUGAGACUAUAGAUUGUGACCAACAGGGGGAGCCAAAUUGUAAAUAUUGGACAAUCAUCUAACGCAGUGCCAUAGUUGAAUAGCAGUACCUAUGAUAAAUAAAUAUAACAAACCAUACAGAGUAUCUACUGUUCAGAGGAUGUUAAUUAGCCUCAGAGUACCAGGGCCAAAAAUCACAAUUUACGUCACAAUGCCUUUACUCAUUAGACAAAGUCAUGGAUUCUUUGAUUAUCUACAUGCCAAUGAGUCUAUACACUGGGUAUGUGUCACAUUUGCCUGUGGCAGCUGUAAGAUAAGGACAGUUGAAUGAAUUGAUGUAAAUGGAAAAUUCUGUGUUGUCUCCGAGGCCAGAAAAACAUUGUACAAGUGCAGAACAAUCACUACAUUUCAUUUUUUCAUAGAAAAAACACAUUAAAUUAUAAAAUUAUUAAAUAGGUUUGGCGUUAGAAAAGAAUAGAUCUGUUUAUUUGUAAGAGGAAUAAAAUUACAUAAAAGAAUAGAACAAGUUCAUGUUUUCCAGGAGGCAGCACUUGUUUUUGCUGGAGAAAACAUAAAAGACAAGCUUGUGUUUUCCAAAAUUCUUUAAACAACCUUCAUGCUUUGUGGUACAGUCAGGUUUAAAUCAGUGUGUUUACAAGAAGCAGUAGCAGCAGCAGCAUCGUGUGCAGACAAUGAGGUCAUAGAUUACAGUACAUCACUUUUGGACUAGUACAGAACCCGUAUCCUGUUUACAGUAAGUGUGAUGCGAUGUUUCCUUAGGUAUGAAGAACACGUCAGCAGCAGUUACGCUGAAAAAAACUAGGCUAUGCUUUGCCAAGAGUACAGUUUUUGAGCAACCUAAUUGUCAUUUUGUUUAUUUAUUUUUUAUAAUAUCAUACCUGAAUUUCUAUGAAAGCUUACCUACACGAUUUGAUAACAAUCAUUUAUUUUUGGCUGCAGUUUUAGUUUGCUCGAUAUGUUUUGUUUUUUUACUAGUUUUUUCUACAUUCCUAGCUUACCUCAAGCUAUUUCUGGAAAUAAACUUUUAUUUCCUACCUCCUACCUAACUUGUCUUAUUAUUUCAUGUUCUUACUUUGAUUUCUACCUUUAGUUUUUGAACUAGAACUUUUAGUUCUUAUUUUGAACUUUGAAAUGUUGGCUAAUUUCUUAGUAGAUUUUCGAUCUCAGUUUUAAAUUUUUACAUAAAUAGAAGUAUUUCCAUGAGUUUUAUCACAAACAGUAACAUAGUUCCCAUUAAAAAAUGUUCUUGGGGAAUUUUUGAUGGGGAGGUUUUGAAAAUUAACCCAAAUCCCCAGUGAACUCUAUCCUCAAAUAUUCAUCUGGAUAUGAAUCAGAACAUUAGUAGGGGCCUGUAUUUCAGCAGAGUUAAUGGGGCAGAAAAUGGGUAUGGGGGCCCAUAGCGUCAUAUGGGGAUUUUGGUUGAUUUUCUUCAUGGAAAAAAAGAGCCCUUAAUGUGCAUGUACAUUUUUUUUUCUCUCAUACAUCAGUGUUGCAGCAGGAGUUCAGCUAAGUACUUCCUCCGCUGUGUUAACAGGGCAAGGCAGUUGCCAUGACGAACAAACACUGGGUUUGUUUUGGUUGCAGAGGGUAAAAGAACACAUUUACAGCAUCCACACAUUCACAUACAGUUCAAAGUCCUUUGUUUAUGCCAGUUUUCCCCCAUCUUCUUUGCUUUACGAUGCCUCAUCACCAUGUGUCUAAAAAUAAGGAAAUACAUCCUCAGCUACACUUCUACUCACACCUUGAAUUUCUAAUGUGCUGUUUGGCUUUUCUUUUUCGAGUUUGCUCUUUUUCUGAAACAUUGUAUUAAAUUAAUUCUGUUUUUUGACUCCAAACUUUUUAACCCCCUCCCCCUGAUGAUUAAAACCUCACUUUCAGCCAACCAAAGCAGUCCUUUAUCCUCCAGAGUGUCACCUAAUCGUCCUUCUGUCAGUCUGGCACAGAUCUGCUUCUCUUUCCUCGCCAGGCUGAGCCAGUUGAGUGCACUUAAAUGGAUGGAUAGGGCGCAGAAAGUGAGUCAGGGUUUAAUUGAGGUCGCAGACAGUGUUUCCCAGCUGCUGGAUGCUUUUCCUCGAGUUUUAAUGAAUAGCAUCUUGUUUUAGCCACUGCAUCAUUUUUGUCACACUCAGACUGGUGUGGAUCCGGUUUCUCCAGCUGCGUUCCUUCCCACUCACUCAAUUUAAUGCUUCGAUUUUAUUGUCUCCUCGUUUGUGGGUUUUAUUUGCAGCAGUUGUCUCCUUCCAUCUUAAUGACACAGAGGUUUGAACUUUUGUAUAAUUACCAUUUUUAUCUUGUUCAACCAUAUUUUUGUACCGUCAUAGUGUAGGGUGAAUUAGUGCGCAUCCAAUGGUGGGUUGUUACCCAAAGAAGUUAUUAAAGAAACUGGAUUAAAUUAGUUUUAGGUAUGGAUAAAAAAAGAGUUAGACUUGGGUUUUCUUUUACUUCAUGAACCUCAGCAAUUUUGUUCUUAAGUAGCUUAUUUAAUAAAUUAACACAAAGCUAGUUAGUGAAAGCCAAAAACUAAAGAAAUCGUACAAAAUAUUAACAGGCUCGAUGUAAGACAAAAAAUAAACAAAAAUAAAUAUUGGAAUAUAUAGAACGAUAUAUUCAAGUAACUAAAAGUUAGCUAAUAUUAACUAAAAUUAGCCUGUUAAAAUAUAUACAUUUUUUAAAAGAAAGAACUAAUAAACCACAAAAAGUCAAGUACCUGACAGUAUGUACAGUACACCUGUACAUUUAUAACAGAUGUUAUACUACAUAUAUUUUAUUAAGACCUCGCCAUAUAGGUUUAUUUUUCUGAGAUUACAAAUACCAAUGUUGCCUAAUGAAGUGGUUUUUUUUUAAGGCUGCAGUGUUUUUACUAAGGACACGUUAACAUUCAGAAACUAUUUAAGAUAUUAAAGCCACAGACAUACACAUGGUGUAUUUAAAACUACAGGAUUGACUCUAAAAUUAUUUUAAAUACAUUAACAGUCUGUUUUUUAAAAGUCCACUGCAGGUCUGUAAUUUUACCAACUUUCAUCUUUUCUAAAUACAAAACUCUGAUCCAAAAGCAACAUCGUGCACCAAAUCUCCAAGGUUUAAAGGUUUAGGGAAGAGUUUCCACUGUAUCAUUGAAGAAAAACAAGCUGCUCAUUCUGGGUCACUGUUUUUUUUCCUUUUUCUUCUACGGCCGAUGAAAAUGAAAAAAACAAAACAAAACAAAACAAAAAAAACAUGACAUCAGCAGGAGAACAUUUGUGAGGACCUUAUGAGUUUGGUGAUAAUAUAAUGGGAUGUUUAUGGUUAAACCUGAUAUGAUUUUAAUUUAUUUAUAGUAAAUUAAACUUCUGAGUGUUAAAUAGUUACUGUGCAUGCAUCAAAAUAUAUAACAAAAAACAAGGCAAACUAAUGAUUUCAAUUGCAUUUUCUUGUAAUUGGUAAUUAAUAUUUCUGACUUUUAAACAACCAACAACAUGCCGGAUUUUAGUGAAAACAAAAUAAGGUUGGCAAGCACUGGAUGACAGACUGAACAAAAACACUUUCUUUUUUGCACACUUUAAUAUUGGGAGAGACAGACAGACAAUGUAAUUGUGAUGCACUUGUGUAAUAUGAAUUGUAUAAAAACUGAUAUAUGAUACAUCAGUGUGAGUAGGCUGACUAUAUGGCACAAAUGUGCCACCUGGAGUACAAUACAGUAAGUGCACAUAAGUUAAAAUCAUACCUGGUGUGGUGUCAAAUAAAGUGUGUUCUUUUUUUCAUGCAGGCAAACAAUGGUUUGACUUAAUCACACA